AAGAGAUUUGUAUUUCUAACGGCAUUUUUAGUCCUUGGUUUACCUUUACCGUUAUCUCUACCAAAGGUAAAUAUAGAGAAUACCGGCGUAAUUCCAAAGAAAUGACCAAUGUAUAAACAUAUCUUACUUAAAAUACCGAUACCAGCCAUAAUCGUCUUCACAUGAAAGAUAAUUACUAAAGAACUAUCAGAAUUCUUUUACGUUGACCCCAAAAACGUUUGAUGCAAAAAUGUAGAAAUUCUUUUGAUGAUGUUUAUUGCCCAUUUUGACUUUGGUUCUGACCCUUGAACAUAUUGUCACAUCUUUGUUGAUUCUUUUUGUAUAUAUAUAUAUAUAAAGUAAUAUACUUUCUGACGACAUUGGUUAAAAGAAUUUCUAACUGCAGAUUUAUCAGAACAGAUACAAUGCUCUUUAUAUAAAUCUGUGAAACAUUUUCUCUCAGUGAAAUUAUCAGCAAAAUUUCUCUCUUCCUGAUGAAGAAAACUCUAUGACGUCUUUGGCGCUACGGGAUUCUUACCAAACUUGGAUUAAAUUGUGAAAGAAUUUUAAGCGAUUUCAAACAGCAACAGAGAUCACAGUUGAUGGUAAUAUAGUGGAAGAUAUAUUUGUUCGGAAUAAAAUAUCCAAACGUAAAGAAGACACACGAUGCAAAAUGAAAUUUGUGAGAACCAGUAUCAAACAGACACACAAAGCAUCGGUUCCCCUGAGGAGAGGCUGAAAGUCCGAGGGAAAACAAUGUAUCAGUGUGAUAUUUGUAAAAAAUCCUUGUCUCAAAAGGGUCACCUAAUUACCCAUAAGCGUAUUCAUACUGGAGAGAAACCAUAUCACUGUGAUAUCUGUGAUAAAUCCUUCUCUCAAGGCGGUUAUUUGACUGAACACAAACGAAUUCAUGCAGGGGAGAAGUUGUACCACUGUAAGGAUUGCGGAAAGUCGUUUUGUAGAAGUAGUAACCUAGCUAUUCACAAGCGCAUUCACACAGGAUUGAAACCAUAUCGUUGUAAUAUCUGUGGCGAAGCGUUUUCACAUGGAAAUAACUUAACCAAACACAUACGUAUUCAUACAGGGGAGAAGCCAUAUCGGUGUGAUAUCUGCGGUAAAUCUUUCUCUCAAAACGGUCAUUUAACUGGACACAAACGCAUUCAUACUGGAGAGAAACCGUAUGAUUGUGAUAUCUGUGGUAAAUCGUUCUCCGUAAAAGGUGAAUUAAAUCAACAUAAGCGUAUUCAUACCGGGGAUAAACCGUACUGUUGUGAUAUCUGUGGUAAAUCCUUCUCACGAAAUGAUCAUUUAGCUAUACACAAAGAUAUUCAUUCAGGAGAGAAGCCCCAUCACUGUGAUGUCUGCGGAAAACUGUUUACCCUCUCAAGUAACUUAAUUGCUCACCGACGUAUUCACACAGGAGAGAAACCAUUUCACUGUAAGACCUGUGAUAAGACAUUUUCCCGAAGUGGUGACUUAACCACUCACAAACGCAUUCAUACGGGAGAGAAACCACAUCACUGUGAUAUCUGCGGUAAAUCGUUUUCUGUAAUGAGUCAAUUGACUAAGCACACACGCGUCCAUACGGGAGAGAAACCAUAUCGUUGUGAUAUCUGUGGCAAAUCAUUUUCUCAAAACGGACACUUAACUCAACACACGCGUAUUCAUACAGGAGAGAAACCAUUCAAAUGCGAUGUCUGUGGAAGAUCAUUCUCUCAAAAGAGUCACUUAAUUUCACAUGCAUGCAGUAAAGUACGUAUCGAUAUGGAGGAGUAGCCAUGUCAAUCUCAAAAGUCACUCUAUGCAGAGGAUAAAAUGUCUUGGAUAUUUUCGGUUUGAACGGCAGUUUUUUCUAGUGGUGUCAUAUGAAAUUGUCACCCAUAAUUAUAACCCUAGUAUCGAUCUAUUGCAUUUCAGUCUGUUUUAGGGUUAGGGUUGGGGGGAAGG